CGGCCCCUUUUUAAGGGGGUCUUAGGAGUUGUCUUUCCUCGGUGUUUUGCCCCAGUCCCCGGAGAAUGAGCACCGCCAAACGGAAAGACGAGCACCCCGUGUCCAACGGAGGAGUAAAGGUGAAGCAGUCUGCGUGGAGCAAAGCCCUGCGUGGGGAUGCGGCGUGGGAAGACAAGGAUGAAUUUCUGGAUGUGAUCUACUGGAUCCGGCAGAUCUUGGCCAUCAUUUUGGGCGUGAUAUGGGGUAUUGUACCGCUGAAGGGUUUCGUGGGAAUAGCAAUAUUUUGCGCGCUGAACGCCGGCCUUCUGUACCUGUAUUUUAGCAGCUUCCAGCAGGUCGACGAAGAGGAAUAUGGUGGGACGUGGGAGCUUACAAAAGAAGGGUUUAUGACGUCGUUUGCGCUAUUCCUGGUGGUCUGGGUCAUUUUCUAUACAGCAAUUCAUUUUGAUUGACAGUGAGUUUUAUUCCUCCUUCGCCAAACCUUGUCCAACAAAUUUUUCUUCAAGGAACCAUGCCAUUUUUUUUUAAUUACAAGCAAAUCAAGGCAUAUAACAGACAUUAUUGAGGAGAUUCUGCUCUUUUUUAACUUUUUUUUUUUUAAUAAAACAAGAUAAGUUGAAUAUAAUAUAAAGCUAGCAAUAGCCACCUGUACUUGUGAAGUGGACCAUUAACCUUGAUGAUGUCAGCCUGUUAACUUCCGCUGUCAGAGAGACCAGAUACAGAGAAUCUGGGAGGUCUGCUGAUCGCAUGCUUCUCGUCCGAGAGAGCACACGGAAAGUCCUCUUGGUGUCUUCCUUUAUUUUGUUUCAGUGUCUCUGCAGCCAGACCGUUACUCGGCCUCCUAAUUGCCGCUCCUCCAGCAUUUCAGUUGCAGUCCUCCAGAUAUCCUAAAGGUGGAGUUGCAAGGGCUAGUUUUUGUCUUGGCAGCCAUUUUUUGAUGGUUUUUAUAUACGGGGAGUUCAGUUCACUAAAACAAUGCAAAUUAAAUUAUUGGCGUCUAUAGUAAGGGGGGGCGGCAGUGUUUCUUGCUUUGUCCAAAUCUUCCGGAAACUUUUUGCCACAUGGGAGAUCUGAGAUUUUAAGCCGGACCCUAUUCUUUGAACAGGUGUAAAUGAAGGCUUUAACAGUCACUUUCCUUACUUGAUGCUCCACAGUAUUGAAAACUAAUUGGUAUUUAAGCUGGUGUGAAUGUGUUUUACAAUUAAAGUUUUGAUUUGUUGA